UACAGUCUCAUUACUUUUUACCAUCGCUCUGUUAAAAUCCGCCAUGGCAGAAGGAUGGGCCCAAUUCUGCGAUGAUGACAAUUGCUCUGUCAAUUGUGGUACGUCAGUUAGUACAGCAAAUGAUGGUUGUUUAGAAGAGGGACCUAAUCGCAAAUCCGUGAAAUUUCAUGGAAGAGACAAUCCAUUUUUUAACAGAGUCUCUUUAGUAGUAACACCACAUGACAAAUGCUCCUGUCAGAGCCAGUGUGUGAACAGUAUGGUAACAGGUGGUGACAAUGAUGCAGCUGGUUGUCAGAGAAUACCUUCAGGAGUAUCGUAUCGUUUUAUUCAACAGUCAUGCGACCCAAAUAACUGCGCUGCUAAAAGAGACGAUGCUAACACAUUAGAAGAGAUGGAAACGAGGGCAUUAGAAGCUGAAGAAGCUAAGAAGAGAGAUUUAGAAGCUCAGGAACAAGAGAAAAGGGAUUCAAAAGCCAAGGAACAGAAGAAGAGAGAGUCAGAAGCUCAAGAACUUGCAAGCAGAGGUCUUGAAAGGAGAACAACAUAUGCCCAAUUCUGUGAUGAUGAGAAUUGUACAGAAAAUUGUGGUACGUCAGUCAGCGUAGAUAAUCCAGGUUGUCUCGUGGAAAGUGGAAGAGGAAGUAUCAAGUUUCACGAUCUAAAUUUGGGCAGUAUCGACCUUGUCGCAACGAACAAUGACCAAUGCUCAUGCCAAAGUCACUGUUACACUCAUGUCGUCGAAGGUAUGGGUAAGCAGCCACCUAGUUGUAUGAGUCUCAAAGACAACUUGAAACAAUUCAAAUCAUUCAGAUUUCUCAACACGGGCGGUACUGGAGGUGACAAUGGCUGUUCAACCACUGAAAACACAUGCGAUGGAGCCACUUGGUGAUUCCAAAAUGCAAUUGUAUAAGUUUAUUUCUUUGAUAUCC